AUGCAGUCCAUGUUUGUUGCGUUGGUAUGCAGCGCUGCUGGCCUUCUUGGCUUGGCAGCUGCUUCAAACGAAUAUGUUCUCAACAAUCAGUCCACAGCGACUUUCAAUUCUGCGUCCGUGGCAAACUCUACAUCCAAUUGUACUCUUUACACUGUUCAAAGCGGUGACAGCUGCGAAACUGUCUUUUAUAAGACAAACGCGACCUAUGCUCAGCUACUGCGUUGGAACCCAAAGUUGAGUCCUUCUUGCGACAACUUGGAGAGCUUCUCCCAAGGCCUUUGCGUAAGCAACCCGACGGACACGGGCUUCGCCAUUUCCACCAAUACUGUUGGUGCUUCGUCAACGGCCUCGACCCCAGCAACAAUUCCAUCUCCUACAGGAGACAAGACCAACCCCAACUGUGGCCGAUUCUACCAACUUGGUCCUGAUGAAGACUGCGGUACCAUAGCAAUCAAGGCGGGCAUUACCCAAAAAGACUUCAUCUUUCUGAACCCCGAAGCUGGUGACGAUUGCAAAGCAAUCAAGCAGGGCUAUUACUACUGCGUCCAGCCCGUCGGGCGCAUUGAGGACUACCCGGGCUACGGCCAGCGUUCUCUGCCCCCAUUCACUCCUAUACCUGUCAAAACGACUACCAGGGUUAACUCAGGAUCGAGCUCUAGCCCGUCCGCCCAGGCUGCAGUGCCUACGGCUAGUGGUACACGAGUUGAUUGCUAUAGAUAUUCCUGGCUCGAUCUUAGUGACGAUACGUCUCUUUCCACUUGCGAUGGUUGGGCCUUCACUUGGGAGAUCUCUCUAGACGACUUUCUGCUAUGGAAUCCAUCUUUGAACCCAGCCGCUCAGUCGUCAACAACCGGGGGUGCGACUGACCCCACGCCCUCUCCUGCUGUAUGUACCGUGCCCAGAGGCACGCAAUACUGUGUUGAAUUGUCGCGGCCGACUCCCACUUCGACUUCCACGGGAGAGCCCACGCCGGACCCCCCGUCUCCCCGCGCAUCGGGUGAAAUCUCGGACUGCACAUCAUGGUACCUCGUGCGAAAGGGCGAGACGUGUAGCAGCGUCUUGACCAUGGCCCAGCUCAAUUUGGCGCAGUUCUACAAGAUGAACCCUUCCAUUGGAUCUGAUUGCACCAGCCUGGUCAUCGGUACGAACUAUUGCAUCUCGACGCUGUCAAAUGGUAAUCCUCCCGAUGAUGACGAUGAUGGUACCCCGACGACCACUUCCGCGCCGGUCGCCACGCCGACUCCCACCCAGCCGGUAAUGCUGCACAAUGAGAACAUUGCCAGGCUUGACGCCUAG